GAGUCAUCGUUCAGUCACUUUCAGACCGGUGCCGCGUUCGGAUGGAACCCGACCGCGUGACGCGUGCAGAGCGUUAAACCAGUUUACAGUGAGAAAAAUAUCGACCAUAAGCACAGCAGUGUAACAAAAAGAUUAGCUCAAGUCGUAUGCAUCAAAAUAAUGUGCAAUCAAAGUGGAUAAAUCUGUGCCCGUUCUGGAUCGACGUCACCGUGGCGGAUGCUCGUUGACAGCUUUCCACCCCCUUUUGUGUUCUGUGUGUGCAAGUGUGCGUGUUGUUGUGUGGUAGCGCUUACCAGAGAGCUUUGUAAGCGAAAUUCAUCUGUAGUGCGCCUCUGUAAGAUACGUGCAGCAGGCGAGCGUGUGUUCGCUCUCUUUGUUGUUACCAACCCUGUUUGCGGAAGGGGGUUGCAAGUGUAUAGUGUGCGGCGUGCUUGGAUACUUAUGAACUUGGCCGGUGGGGUACGUGUGUGUGUGUGUUUAGUCAGCUGUUUAUCGUGAUGGUUUGUUUGGAUCGUGUGAGCAGUAAUCGUUUUCACGCGGAAGAAACCGCACUAUGAACGAGAAGAUAUCGGAAGUUCAGCAAGCAAUUGAAUAAAUAAUCCGCCACAACAUGGUCAACACCGGCAGUAAGGCACCGCUAGCGAAUGGCAGCACAACAACGGUUCAACGCUACGGUGCCACCACCGACACACGAACAAUCGUACCGGCCGUAAACGGUGCCGAGCCCCAUUCUGUGGACCCCGGGACGAGCCCGACCUUCCCCAACACCACCGUCGACAUGGAGCGUGCCCAGCUGGAAAAGCGCUCCACGCUGAAGAUGUGCGAAAAGAUCGGCUACGGAUUGGGCCACGUGUACAACGAUCUGUGUGCGGGCAUUUGGUUCAGCUACACGCUCCUGUUCAUGCAGGGCGCCCUGGGUAUGCCGGCCGCCGAGGCCGGCGCCAUGGUAAUGCUCGGACAGGUGGGCGAUGCGAUCGCAACACCGAUCGUGGGUCUGCUUACCGAUCGGUACGGCACGAAGAGACAGUGGCACAUAGCGGGAACCUUUAUAGUAUUUUUAACCUUUCCGAUGAUAUUCUCCCUCUGCCCGUGGUGUUCGGUGGCACCCCAUUGGUGGGAAAUUCUGUACUUUGUGAUCGUCAUACUUGCCUUCCAGUUCGGGUGGCCCAUCGUGCAGGUGACGCACCUUGCCAUGAUACCGGAGCUGUCCCGCACGCAGAAAGACCGCUCCGAUCUGACCGCCAUCCGGUACUCGGUGUCGAUCGUGUCGAACGUGGUGGUGUACAUUGUCACUUGGGCAGUGUUGCGAAGUCGCACCAGCACUGACAACCAGAUUGGACCGGGCGAUGCUUACCGGUUUCGGGACAUAUCGCUCAUACUGACACUGGUUGGCGUUUCCAUGUCGGUGCUGUUCAACUUUUCGCUCACCUUCAGCGGGUACGAGCAUCGGCGAAACACGGCCCUCCAGCACAACAUCAUCCGAACGCCGGGGCCGCGAGCAGAUACGGACGUUGAGCGUGAAUCGUUGCUCGGCGGACCGGACCAACGGCAACCGAACGGUGCCGGUGCACAGCUGGCAGGAGCGUCCAGCCCUCUCGACACGAUCGUGCAGCGAAAGCCAAAGAAAAACUUCUUCAAAUCACCACUGCUGUAUCAGAAUGCUUUGCUGUACGUCUUUUCGAGACUUUUCAUGACGACUUCGCUCGUGUACAUGCCGCUCUGGCUGGACGAGCGGGCCUACCAGCCGGACGUAACACCGGCGGAAAACAACGCCAAUGUGGAGCAUCUCGCGACGGUUCCGCUUGUAUCGUUUCUCGCCUCGUUCGUCGCAUCCCUGCUGCUGAAGUACACCAAUCGCUUUGUGGGCAACAGUUUGGUGUACUUUGUCGGGUCCAUCAUCAGCACCAGCGUGUGCCUUUGGAUUGCCCUGUCGCCCGGGUCGGGAGCGUUCAGCACGGUGUCCCUGUUUCUGAUCGCUUCCCUGUUUGGGGCGGGUAGUUCCAUCACGAUGAUUAGCAGCCUGUGCAUAACGGCCGACAUGAUCGGGAAGCAUGCGGAUCAAGGCGGUUUUAUCUAUUCCGCGGUUACGUUUGCGGAUAAGUUGAUCACCGGUGUGGUGGUGGUCAUCAUUGAGUCGGUAAAAUGUCGCGAUCGUUCCGAAUGUCCCGAGUAUUACCGUGGCGUGCUGUCGUACGGCUGUGGACUGGCGGCUAUUUUAGGAUGUCUUACGUUAGCAACCCUUCUAUGCACUACCGCCUCUACUCGGCGAAGGAAUCGGUAGUGUUCGAUGUAGCGUCCAUUCCAGAAUUAUUCCUAGGUUCAGUUACGUUUAUUCUAUAGAAUUGUUUUUUUUUAUUUUACAUCUUGUGUUUGUGUUAGUAUGAAGUAAAUAAAUUUUAUCCAACCCGUUUACGGAAAUCAAA